AUGAUAGACCAGUUUCAUUCUAUUACUUACCCCUUCAUUGUGGACGUUGUUGAUGUUGUGGCUGAUGGUCACUGUGGAUAUAGAUGCAUUGCUGCGUCGUUGGGACAUGGAGAAGAUUCAUGGCCCGUUAUCAGAAAUGAUUUGUACAAAGAACUCAGUCAAUGGCGUGAUGAAUACGCAAGCCUAGUAGGAGGGUAUGAUAGACUAGAAGAACUGAGGAACUCUUUGUUGGUGAGAUCACAAUUGACAGCUAACAGGAAUAAGUGGAUGACAUUACCAGACAUUGGUUAUGCAAUUGCUAACCGAUAUAAUGUCAUCUUAGUGUGUAUGUCAUCAUCUCAAAAUUAUACUAUCUUCCCACUACGUUCCACACCACCUUCUGAUAUAACUCAACAUCGGUUAAUUUGUAUAGGACAUGUUCAUGGAUGUCAUUUCGUGCAGGUUAAGUUACAAGAAGGUUGUCCUUUGCCCAUGGUGAAUAUCAUCUCCUCAAUCCACUGUUAUCCUGAGGCACGAACAUGGUCAUCUAUUUAUACUAGUAGGAUGCAAUCAUUUGCACAAUUGAUGAGCGUAACGACAUCUUAUGUUGACUUGGGUGAUUCGUGA